AUUGUAGAGGGAUUCCGUAUAAAUUGCUGUUGCCAAAACAUCUCUCUGCUCGUUGACUCUUUAAGCUCCACCUCUCUGCUCUAAUGGCGAUGGCCGCACUAACAGCUUCUUCUUCUUCUUCUUCUGCUAUAGCUCUCCUCAAUAAGCCCUUUUUACCUAACCGCUCUUCCUUCGUCUAUUGUAAUUCGCACGCUCGUCUUCUCCGAUCCUCUGCUUCUGCCUCUGUUCGUCCCCGUUUUCCAUCUCUCGCCAUACGCGCCGUUGCUCUCGAAUCGGAAUCUAACGAAACUCGCAGUUCUGACCAAAAAGAAAAUCAAACUCAAAGUAUUGAAAUUGAGGAAACUCAAGUGUUCGCGUGUCCUGUUUGCUACGAACCACUUAUGAGGAAAGGACCUUCAGGUAUUAACCUAAAAGCAAUCUACAGGUCUGGAUUCAAGUGUGGACAGUGUAACAAGACAUACUCUAGCAAAGAUGAAUACUUGGAUCUAACAGUCACUGCUGAUUUGGAUGAUUACAAUGAAGUCAAACCCAUUACAACCGAGCUCUUUCGGAGUCCAUUAGUAUCGUUUUUGUAUGAAAGAGGUUGGCGACAAAACUUUAGUCGUAGCGGUUUUCCUGGUCCAGAUGAAGAGUUUAGAAUGGCUGAGAGAUACUUCAAAGAAGCAGAAGGUGGGGUUCUUGUGGAUGUUAGUUGCGGAAGUGGUUUAUUCUCCAGGAAAUUUGCAAAGUCAGGCAAAUACUCGGGCGUGAUUGCUCUCGACUAUUCUGAAAACAUGCUUCGUCAGUGCAAUGAGUUCAUCAAAAAGGAUAAUACUUUUGACAGUUCCACUAAUAUUGCGGUUGUGAGAGCAGACGUUUCUCGCCUCCCUUUCCCAUCUUCUUCUGUUGACGCUGUUCAUGCUGGUGCUGCCUUGCACUGUUGGCCUUCUCCUACUAAUGCUAUUGCUGAGAUCUGUCGUGUUCUAAGAAGUGGAGGUGUUUUUGUUGGGACAACGUUUCUAAGAUAUAGUCCUUCGACUCCCUGGAUUAUCCGUCCUUUCCAAGAGAGAAUUCUGCAGAGCUACAACUACUUGAUGCAGGAUGAGAUCAAGGAUGUGUGUACAUCAUGUGGUCUCACAGAUUACGCAGAUGUAGUUCAAGAUUCUUUUAUUAUGUUUACUGCUCGCAAGCCAUAGAGAAGAUACUUCUUUACUACCCCUCUUUAUGUAACUUAAUAUCAAUACUAGAAAGUUUUUAUGUAAUAUUAAUACAAAUCUAAUAAAGUUUUAGU